AUGAAAAUUUUAUAUGUUUAUCUAAGUCAAACAAUGUUUAGAGAUGAAUUCGAUAAUUUACAGCAAAAUAUUGGUGACUUUAUUUCAAUAAAUUCAUUUUUUUCUGCAACAACAAUAAGUGCACUUGCACUUUCAUUUGCUGACGAUGGUUCAGGACAUCCACUUGUUGAAUCAGUUUUAUUUGAAAUUGAAAUUGAUACUACAAAUAUGGCUAAACCUUUUGCUAAUAUUUAA